GCCAAAGAUAUUUCUUUAUCAAUACUCUCAUUAAAUGGAUACUUAAGAAUAAGAUUAAGAUUACGAAUUCGAAUUAGAAUACUAUUUCGAGCAAGAAUAAACAGAGGCUCAUGUUCAGUUUGCUCCAAAUUUCCAAUAAGAAUUGUUCCAUAAUUAGAUAGACUUGAAUGAUUUCUUGAUCAAUCACAGUAUCUCAUAACAAAGGAGAGCAUUAAUGGUUAAAUGGAUAAUUUACGUAUUUGACACCAUUUAUGAGAACUAAAAUAAUGAUGUAUUGAUCUCCAGGGCCAUACAUUUGAUGGACAUAUUCCUCAAAAGAACUUAAGUAUCAUACUCUGAUAAGGAUGUUCAUCUGAUAGGUGCCACUUGCAUCUACAUGGCCUCAAAGAUUAAGAACGACUGUCCUUUAGAUAUGGAAACUAUUUAGGUAACAAUCUGUCAUGAGAAAUUCACAAUAGAUGAAAUCAAAGAAUUUUAUUUUAUAAUACUAAAAACUCUGGAUUAUAAUACUGAAUUUCCAACUUGUUACGAUUACUUGUAAAACCUCUCCUACGCUAUGUAUGGCUCAUCCUAAAAUUAUUAAACCUUAUAAGUUUAAGAAACAGCCUUAAAAAUUCUAAAAUUGAGUUUUCGCAGUUACUAAUUGAUGCAAUAAAAUUGGCUCAUUUUGGUUACCACUGUAUUAGGAAUUGCGAUCAUUGACUUUGAAUAGGUUAAUGGUUAUUAUCGAGAUCUGCAAGGGUAGAAUAACUUUUUAAAUGAUUAGAUAAUAAGACUCAUAGAAACUGCAAAUAUCAAUGUUGCGGAAUUCAAGAAUUGUUAUGAAAUCUUAUCAUAAUUUAAUUGCAGAUGUUCUGAGAUACAUUGCAGCAGAUUAUUUUGAAUUUUAUAAUAUCACAAAAGAAUUAUAAAAUUUAUUCAUUGA